AUGGCGACGACCGUGGGUUCAGAGGAGGAGGAGGUGCCAGAAUCCGUCGUUACCAACCCUGUGAUGGCCCGACAGAUCAGAGGCCUCUUCGUUUGUUAUUCCCUAGCAGUGAUCGCCAUGUUCGCAUAUGUUGCAUACUCGCAUUUCAGAAUUGAUGGACCUUUGUGGGAAGCUUUUGCGUGGACGGCUGGGGAGGCGCCUCUCUUUCUAAUACAUCUCUGCAUGGUACCGUGGCUGAGGGAUAUCUUCAUUAGAACCUAUGCUCAGGUCCCUUCGUCUGACAGCACGGGGAGUGAUGAUCUCUCUAGUAACCUACUAGUAGGACCUGAGAAUGUGUAA